AUGAGAAUAAUACAUAGAAUCAAAAAAAAAGAUUUAGAGCCUGAGUCAAUCGAUAGUUGGGAGCAACUUGAAGGUGAAAGAGACAUAACUUUGGGCUUUGUUGAUUUAUUGCGUGAUGAUUUUGUUGAACAACAUCGAAGUCGCGGUAUUUAUUUCACUCAAGAUUGGGUCUCUUUACCAGGUGUUAUACCUGUGGCUUCAGGAGGUAUUCAUGUUUGGCAUAUGCCUGCUCUGAUCGAGAUCUUUGAGGAUGAUUCCGUACUACAGUUCGGUGGAGGAACUUUAGGACAUCCUUGGGGUAAUGAGAUUAUUCGCGAGGCUUCCAAAUGGAGCCCGAAACUAGAUGCUGCUUGUGAGGUAUGGAAAGAGAUCGUAUUUCAUUUUGCAGCAGUGGACGUUUUGGAUAAGUAA